UCCUGCUCGGUGGACGCGUGUAAGUCGGUUGAGUCACGUGGAAGUGAUUUUUACGUUAACAAAAAAUGCCUCAUCCAGAAGAUCACGGUUUUGGGAACAAUUUUUCGGACGACUCGGAACCUCCGGUGGUCGUCGGGUCAUCGUCGAUUCGGCAGCAUCUUAGGACGCCCAAGUGUGCUCGGUGUCGGAAUCAUGGAGUGAUCUCGUGCCUCCGUGGUCACAAGAAACUGUGCCGGUGGCGGGAAUGUUGCUGCCAAAGCUGCCUGUUGGUGGUUCAGCGCCAGAGGAUUAUGGCAGCGCAGGUGGCCCUUCGCAGGCAGCAGCAACAACAACAACAACAGUCGGCUGGAUCAAGUGUUAAUCAGAGUGAGGUAGGAAUAGGUGCCAGUCUUUCCGGUGUUGGGCAAGGUCAUGAGGGUAAUGGUGCUGCUGGUGGUAAUCAAACGAAGAUUCAAGUCAAUAUGGAGGAGCUGAUCCUCCAGAAGCAGAUCUACAGCCAGCAGCUCAAGGGGAUGCAGAAAUCGAAAGCCGCCACACUCUACGGUGAGUAG